AUGAAUCUAUCUAUCUAUCUAUCUAUCUAUCUAUCUAUCUAUCUAUCUAUCUAUCUUCAUUAUCUCUCUCUGUCUCUCUGUCUCACUGACUCUGUCUCUGUCUCUGUCUCUCUCUCUCUCUAUCUCUCUAUAUAUCUAAGUCUCUUCAUUAUUUCUUUCUCUAUCUAUCUAAAUCCGCGUUACUAUCUAUCUAUCUAUCUAUCUAUCUAUCUAUCUAUCUAUCUAUCUUUCACAUUCAAGUGCGCUUCUAUCUAUCUAUCUAUCUAUCUAUCUAUCUAUCUAUCUAUCUAUCUAUCUAUUUUUGCUCCUAAGCUCUGCGUUAUUAUCUAUCUAUCUAUCUAUCUAUCUAUCUAUCUAUCUAAGUCUCCUCAUUAUCUAUGUAUUUUUUCACAUUUAAAUCCUAUCUAUCUAUCUAUCUAUCUAUCUUGGAUCCAUGUCAAUGAUAUCUAUCUAUCUAUCUAUCUAUCUAUCUAUCUAUCUAUCUAUCUAACUAUGCCAGUCAGUCUGUUAAUAUCUAUCUAUCUAUCUAUCUAUCUAUCUAUCUAUCUAUCUAUCAAUCUAUCAAUGUUAAUCUGUUCUUAUCUAUCUAUCUAUCUAUCUAUCUAUCUAUCUAUCUCUCUAUCUAUCUAUCUACCUAAAUUUCUUUUAAUCAAUCUAUAUAUCUAUCAUUAUCCACCUCCAUCGUUAAAAGCCUAUGUAAUUUUCUCUCGCUUCCUCCUUCAGGGUACGGUCAAUCAGUUCCUCUGUCCCGUCCUGUCUACUUGCUGUUCAAUUGGACCGGCUCUGAUAACUGUAGUUUGCAUUUGCGACGGCGUUAGCAAGCCAUCUUUAAUUCACUCUCUCUCUUUCCCUCCUUCUCUCAUUUUCUUGCUUUCUUUUUUUCUUAGAUCUUUCCGGUUUUCAUCUAUCUAUCUAUCUAUCUAUCUAUCUAUCUAUCUAUCUAUCUAUCUAUCUAUCUCUGUCUGUUCAUAUCUAUCUAUCUCGGUUUGUUCAUAUCUAUCUAUCUAUCUAUCUAUCUAUCUAUCUAUCUAUCUAUCUAUCUUUGUUCAUAUAAAUCUCUGUAUCUAUGUAUAUGUGAACAUUAGUAUGCGUCUAUCUCCGCCUCCUUACUCUCCUUCAUCUCCACCACCCCCUCGUUCGUCUACUAGCAUGUCUGUUUAUCUGUCUCUCUUUCUCUUUCUCCGCCCUGUCUGUCUCUCUGCCAUGGCAUUUCCCGCCCGGGAGGACAUUGGUGUUGUCGCGGUCAUUGCUGCUACUGUUAAUGGUGGUGGUAGUAAUGGCGGUAACAGGCACCCAAUUAACGGACAAACAUCAGCCAUCACCCUCCUCACCAAAGACUAG